AUGGCAAAUCGAAUUACGACGCCCACGAACGUGAAACUACUCACGAACGUGGCAGUGGUACGUAUGAAGAAGUGCGGCAAACGUUUCGAGAUCGCUUGCUACAAGAACAAAGUUGUCAACUGGAGGAACAAAACUGAGAAGGAUAUUGAUGAAGUGCUGCAAACGGACACUGUCUUCACGAACGUUUCGAAGGGACAGGUGGCGAAACGGGAGGAGUUGGUUGCAGCGUUUGGUACUGAAGACCAGCUGGAAAUUUGUAAAAUAGUAAGCAGUUGA